GGAAGCCAACUUGGAAACAACGCGGAGCGAAACUCCCUCUCGCUCCAGACUCGAGCGACUCGGUGGUCGGAGCCUGUGGACUAGGCAUCGGUUUGCUGCACAUGCCGGUUUUUACUGAAACACGGCAGCCUGCGUUUACAACUACUCAUUUUGUUCUUUGGCUUCAAACUUUCGGCGCGUCUUCAUCUGUCGUACUCGAAGUAAGUGUGCACUGACCCGCCUGGGAACCGAGCCACCGUCCCGCAUGUGUCCGUCUCGUUCCCGCGAGCCAUCCUCUCCAACAACCAGUCGGGGAGCAACACCGGAGCCGCCUAGCUCAAGGACCGUCAUGGAUCUAACAAGAGAGGCCGAGGAUCGACGCAGAGAGAGCGGGAGAAAAGUACGACUGGGUCCGAUGUACACCCUCGCUAUCGUCAGCCUACAAGUCCUAUCCAUCCAGGCUGCUGCCAUCCAGUUCACCAAGGAGCCCAAGUCCCAAGAUGCCUUGCACGGCCGCAGCGCCAUGCUCCGCUGCGAGGUCAGCGAUCCAACCGACAUCACUUACGUUUGGCUCCACGAUGGCCAGGCCCUGGAAAACAGCGAGAGGCGCUACCAGGAGGGCAGCAAUCUGAAAUUCACUGCUGUGGACCGCCAGCUGGACGCGGGAAACUUUGAGUGCGUCGCAGAAAAGGCGUCCACGGGAGAGGUGCUCCAUUCCACAAACGCCUCCUUCAACAUCAAAUGGUUAGAAAGUGGUGGUGUGACAUUAAAGGAGCCCACCUCAGAGGGGGAAAUUGAGAGCUCCGCACCCGUCACGCUUCGCUGUCACAUUGACGGACACCCACGGCCGACAUGCCAGUGGUUCAAGGACGGGGUGAAGCUAACUGAGAAGAGUCAUCAGAUCAACAACAAGGAGCGGACGCUCACCUUCAAGAGCGCCACUCCAGACGACAAUGGCCUUUUCUACUGCUGUGCCAAGAACGCAGCCGGCCAUGUCUGCAGCAAUAGCAACUUCACUCUCAACAUUAUAGAUAAGAGCUUCCCCCGGCCCGUGGUCACUCCUGAGGACCAGGUGGUUCUGAGGAAUGAAGAAGCUGUGUUCCAUUGCCAAUUCACAGCCGUGCCGCCUCCUACGCUGGAGUGGUACCAUGAAAAUGAGCUGCUGGUUAACAAAUCUCGUGUUUUCCUGCUCUCCAAUGGCUCACUGCUCAUCACCCAGGUCAAGCCCAGAAAUACUGGUUCAUACAAGUGUGUCGGCCACGGCGUCAGCGGCUCCAAAGUGACACACGAGGCGUCCCUCCUCAUUGCCGAGAUCGAUGACAUGCUGUCCAAGAUGUCCAAAGUUUUCACAGCGGACACCCUGCAGCGGGUUCCCUGUAACCCCCCGAGGGGAAGACCCCAGCCUGUGGUCUGGUGGGAGAGGGGAGGUCAGCGCGUGCCCACCGAGGGACGAGUGUAUCAGGAUGGCUUGGAUUUGGUCUUCAGUCCGACCGAGGCUGGCGAUUCCGGAGUUUAUACCUGUGUAGCUCAAAACAAGGCGGGCCGCAGGACACAGGAGGUCACAUUCACUGUAGCCACCGCCCCAGUGUGGGUAACAAGGCCCCAAGACAGUCAUUUAGAAGAAGGAAAGCCGGGGUACCUGCACUGUCACGCCAAAGCCACUCCAGAACCGGAGGUCACAUGGCUCCGCAACAAUAUCAUGAUCACACCUGAGGACUCCCGUUUUAAACUGUUCCCAAACGGCACGUUGAGGAUCAACAGUGUGGAAGUGUACGACGGACAGAUGUACGGCUGUGAGACCAAGACAGUGGGUGGUCGACUGUCUGGCCAGGCCAGAGUUACGGUGCUGGAGAAGCUGAAGUUCACGCCGACCCCCCAACCCUCUCAGUGCCUGGAGCUGGAUAAUGAGAUCAACAUCCAGUGCUCUGCAAAAGGCAGAGAGAGUCCCACCAUCCGCUGGACUAAAGCAGAUGGAGGAGACCUGCCGCCCCAUGUGGAGCAGAAAAAUGGCCAGCUUCACUUCUCCAAAGUCACCCGCAGUGACGCCGGCAAUUACACCUGCAUCGCCUCCAACAGCCUCCAGGGGGAGAUCAGAGCCUUUGUUUCCCUCACAGUGGCGGUGUACAUUCGCUUUAAAGUGGAGCCAGAGAAUACAACUGUGUACCAGGGCCACACGGCUAUCCUGCACUGCCAGGCCACAGGCAGCCCCGAGCCUCACAUCCACUGGAUGGUCAAAGACAAGACGCUGGACAUCAGCAGGAACAGGAGGAUCCAGAAGAUGCCCAAUGGCUCCCUGGUGAUUUCAGACGUCACCACAGAUGAUACGGGCAGAUACACAUGUGUGGCUGGAAACAGCUGCAGCAUCAAAGACCGCGUGGCUCAGCUCUAUGUCGUGGAUAAACCAGCGCAGACGCAUGACGAGGACGAGGACCGAGCUCCUUACAAGAUGAUUCAAACCAUCGGGCUGUCGGUGGGGGCAGCUGUGGCUUACAUCAUCGUGGUGCUCGGCCUCAUGUUCUACUGCAAGAAGAGACGCAACGCUAAAAGACUGCACAAGCGACAAGAUGGCGAGGAGCCGGAGAUGGAGUGUCUCAAUGGAGGGGCUGUUCAGCAGAAUGGCCACACCACCACAGAGAUCCAGGAGGAGGUCGCCCUCACCAACAUGGGCACCACGGCAACCACCGAGAAGCGCCACAGCCACGUCAAUAGCGAUAAGCUGCACUUCCCCCGAGCAAACCUGCAAACCAUUACAACUUUAGGUAAAGGUGAGUUUGGCGAAGUGCUGCUGUCCAAAGCCAAGGGCGUCGAGGAGAGGGAGGAGGAAACGGUGGUGCUGGUGAAGAGCCUCCAGACUAGAGACGAACAGCUUCAGCUCGACUUCCGAAGGGAAGCGGAAAUGUUCGCCAAGCUCAGCCACCCCAACAUCGUCCGUCUGCUGGGCCUGUGCAGAGAGGCUGAGCCCCACUACAUAGUCCUGGAGUACUAUGACCUGGGAGAUUUGAAGCAGUUCCUGAGGAUUUCCAAAACUAAAGAUGACAAGGUCAAAUCUCAGCCCAUCAGCACAAAAACCAAAGUUUCCAUCUGUGCACAAGUGGCCCGUGGGAUGGAACAUCUGUCCAAUCAUCGCUUCGUCCACAAAGACUUAGCCGCUCGAAACUGCUUAGUCAGCAGUCAGAGACGUGUCAAAGUGUCGUCCCUCAGCCUCAGCAAGGACGUUUACAAAAGCGAGUACUAUCACUAUAGACAAGCGUGGAUCCCCCUGCGCUGGCUCCCGUCAGAGUCCGUGUUUGAAGACGACUUCUCCACCAAGUCUGAUGUUUGGGCCUUUGGCGUGCUCAUGUGGGAGGUGUUCAGUCAUGGGGAAAUGCCGUAUACCAAACUCGGAGACAAUGAAGUGCUAGAAGGCCUGCAGACAGGGAAGCUGAAGCUGCCCCCUCCAGAGGGAUGCCCCUCCAAAAUGUACAAGCUCAUGGCCAGCUGCUGGGCCCCCAGCCUCAAGGAGCGGCCCUCCUUCAGUGACGUGGUGCGCACCUUGGGGGAGACGCCCUCUGAUAGCAAAGUCUGAGGCGGCGACCCGUCCAGCAGCGAAACUAUAGCCACACGUCUUCUCCCUUCCUACGAAUAAAGACAGCAAUGCUGGAUUAUUUAGUCUUACGGUUCCGUGAAGAAGGAGAACACAAUUUUAAAUAUGCAUUUCAGACUUUUUUUUAAUGAAAGCAGUGUGGAAGAGACUUGUUUGCCAUAUCAGUGCAAGCACACUCGGCUUUUUAUUGUUUUUUGUGACUGUCUUCUUGUGAGCAGGAGUUUACGUUUUGCCUUAAACGCAACAUGGAUGACAUCCCUUUGUGAGCCUGCCUGUUUGCAGCCACUCAAUGGCAGAAACUUUGUGCCUCUCAUCUUUCUAACACGCCGAGGAUGUGGUUGGUGUUUUGAUAUCAAAUCAUCCUUUGAGUGGCAACAACAUGAACAAUCCUGUCUUUGAACCUAUCAUCCAAUCAGCUGCAUCAUCAUCACUUAUCACCGUCAGCAUGCAUAUUUGUGUGUUUGUGUGCAGGCGGACUACAUGCACUACAAUGUGUACAGGUGGUGAUGUGCAUAAGCAGACUUUUUUUUUUUUAAAGGAUCAAGUACAUAGCCAAGAAAGGAUACGACUGUCCCAAUGAAGAUUGUGUAUGUUUGACUGAGUGUGUUUUGUUCUUGUAUUAACUUUUGCAGUGCUUACUGGUGCACCACUGUAACAUUACGUAUGUCCAAAAUUGCAGGGAUCCAUUCUGGGCUCCAAUCAGUUCCCCUCUGGGUCCACUUGUUUCUGUGUGCAAUGCUGCAAAAGGGGACCGGUGUACAUAAUGUAGAGACCUUGCACUAACCUCCGUCUUUUGUCUCCAUCAUGUUGUGUUGAAGGCCUGUUUAUUUAUAGGGAAGGUCUCGUGUGUGUGUGUGUGUUUUUUUUACUGGGUUAUAGUAGAAAGGUACUGCUCUGAUGUAGUUCUACUUCUCAUGAUCCAUCUGAGUGUGAAUAGCCUGGUCUACCAGCUGAAGUCACUGCUGGUCACCAGUAUGUUAAUAAGUGCCUGGUAAAUGAAGGAUGAUCUGAAACUUUUCACUUUUUUAUUUUUUACAUUAUCUCAUCAGAUGCCUUUUGUUUUUUUUUCUAUGUUGUUUUUACUGUAAUAUAUUUCUAUGAACUAUGAAUGCUAGGCACUCACAUCUAAACCUUUUUUAAUCGGCUUCAGCACAAGUCCACUGUUAUCCUGGAUAUGCAAAAUAUACACACUGCUGUCAAUAAAGGUUCACGUUUUUUACCCAA